UAGAAAGAAAUAAAUGGAAAAAAGGAAAUAAAAAAAAGUAAAGGCAGAAAAAAAAACAAAAAAACGCUUAGUAUCUCUCCGGCGACUUGAACCCAAAGCCGAGGAUCAAAUUAGGGCACAAGGGGCUCUCGGAGACUGAAGCCAUGGGGAGAAAAAAACUAGAAAUCAAGCGAAUUGAGAACAAAAGUAGCCGACAAGUCACCUUCUCCAAACGUCGCAACGGUCUCAUCGAGAAAGCUCGUCAGCUUUCUGUUCUCUGUGACGCAUCCGUCGCUCUUCUCGUCGUCUCCGCCUCCGGCAAGCUCUACAGCUUCUCCUCCGGUGAUAACUUGGUGAAGAUCCUUGAUCGAUAUGGCAAACAACAUGCUGAUGGUCUUAAAGCCUUGGAUCUUCAGUCAAAAUCUCUGAACUAUGGUUCACACCAUGAGCUACUAGAUCUUGUGGAAAGCAAGCUUGUGGAAUCAAAUGUCAGUAAUGUGAGUGUUGAUUCUCUCGUUCAACUGGAGGAACACCUUGAGACCGCCCUUUCUGUAACUAGAGCCAAGAAGACGGAACUAAUGUUGAAGCUUGUUGAGAACCUUAAAGAAAAGGAGAAAUUGCUGAAAGAAGAGAACCAGGUUUUGGCCAGCCAGAUGGGGAAGAAUCAUGUUGUUGUGGGAGCAGAAACAGAGAUGAUGGAGAUGUCACCUGCUGGACAAAUCUCCGACAAUCUUCCGGUGACUCUCCCGCUGCUUAAUUAGCCACCUUUAAUCAUCUCGGCGGUUUGAAACCAGAAAUCCAAAACCAUGUAUAAUUAAGGAAGGAAGGAAAAAAAAAAAUAAGUUAUGUAAUUAUUCCGCUGAUAAGGGCGCGCUUAUGUAUGUAAUAUCUCCUUAAUACUCUCUCUCUCUAUCUCUCUCUCUAUGGCCAAGAGACUUUGUGUGUAAUACUUUGAAAAGUAGAUUCAAGUCAAUAUUAUCUGCUUAAGACAAAACUAAACUACUGUACGAUGAAACGUAUUGUACCUUAUCCGAGGGAGAGUUUUUGCAUCGACA